AUGGAACUAAACUUUGACAUCCCGAGUACUUUUUCUGGAGGCAGAGCAAAUUCGUUUCCUGAAGUCCCUUUCUCUUAUCAUGGACAACGAACAGAUGCUCUUGUACUGCUCCCUUCGGGUGAGACGGUGGUAUAUGUAAGGAUGGGAAAUAUGACGUAUCUGAGUGGGGAGUGGCGCCGUGAUCAGGCACUGCAGCCUCGGAGCUUUCGUAGUUUUGGUAUCACAAAUUUGGGACCAUAUGUCUUAGGUAUUGCAGAAUAUGUGCGGCUCUUUUAUGUUCCUUCUACUAGCCCUUUGACUCCCACGCAAUGGACUUCUUUUCUUCACGCUGAGGAAGGUCUUAACACUGAUUAUUCAAGCUCUUUUGCGAAGAGUUUAAUUUCUGCUACCCAUAGAGAAAUGAAGAUGAUUGAAGAUCAAUGUUGUUUGCAUCCUUUUCACUACAUAGCUGGUAGUGAUGUUCUUUUUGAUUUUGCUAAUUACGCAGAGCUUUUCUGUUAUGGAAGAGAGACUCUUAUUGCUAUCAUAGUAACAAAUGAUAAACAACUGGUGUGGAUCCCAUUUGAUAUCAGUUCUACACUACCACCAAAUCGUGUAUUUACGGAUUCACCCUUUAAAUACGAUAAGAGUAGUUUUCCCGUAUACAAAAUUUCUUUGAACUGGGAUAUGGAUGAACCCAAACCAAUUAACUGUUUUUUCUUUCGUUUAGUGCGUCCAUCUGUCGUUCGUUUAUUGCUUAUUUUUGAUUCAGCGUACUUUAAUGUUGUAGAGUUCAAAAUAAGGACUGAUUUGGAUAGUGAUACAUCAGAACGACAAUACUCCCCUCUAUAUGAGGCGUCAUGGUCUUUUGAUAGUGUUCCACUCUCAACCUAUUCUUUCGAGGGUUCUUAUAGUGAUAAUUCUUUUUCUGAAAUAGGAGAAGUGAUGGUUAUCGGCGGGGAUAAGGCAAAACGGUUUGUCAAAGAAAUGAAGUGUUUUUUUGUGUACGUUUCCCUCUCUACGGAUGAGCAAUACGUGGCAAUGACAGCUGAUUUAGAUGGAUUAGUGGCAGUGUUUGAUUAUGACGCUUCUGUGUUUCAGACACCGUCUUGGAAUAAAUGUCCACUUAGUCUGCGGUAUGUGGUAAAGGUUCCCGAAGGUUGUUUUUGUCUUGGUGUGCAACCUUAUGGACCUUCCAUGUUUGUGGUUUUAGUAAAUAGUCAUACUUGUUCUUUUCUGCUCGUCUUGGAUGCUGCAAAUCCAAGAGCAGCCCUUAAAGUUUUACAAGUAGGAAGGUGCUCAAUUAAGGGUCUUCGUGUGGAUACUGAGAGAGAGGUGGCAGUGAUCGCUGUUGAUGAGGGUCUAUUUUCGGAAAAAGCCGGUGUAAGGCGACUGGACUUACCACCCAAGUUUAACCCUAUCAAAUCGCUUUGCGUUAUGUGUUGCGAUUGGAUUAGGGAAACUGCGUUUUAUCAGCUUCGCGCAUAUGUAUUACAGAAUUGUUUGACCUCUUCCCUUUCGCAUUCGUCUUCUUCUACCCCUUUGGAUGACACCUCUAUUGAUUACAAUGGACAUAAAUUUUUAAAACGGCUUCCAACAUACUUUGGGCGCCGCUGCCGUUUUGGGCAUAUGGUGGGUCCUUCACAACCUCUGGUUGCAUCAAUGAUGGAUAAACCUCUAUCAGAAGAUUGGAAAGUUGUGUUUCCAGGUGAGAAAACGUCUGAAACUAGUCUGAUAAUGUCCUCUGAGGACGGUAACUUAUCUCCUUUAUGGAUAUGUGGUGGAUGUUCUCGCCGUUUUUCUGUUAUUUCUCCCUUUAUUCCUCCAGUAGCUUGUAAAAAAUGCUCUUCAGUUUUCUGCAGUGAAUGCUUCCCAUGA